AUGGCCGCGAACACGAAGUACACCCCCGCGCCGCAGCGCGACAGCUUCGAAGACGAGCCGAACUACAACCAAGCGCCUCCCUCAUACCAGGCUGAACCUGUGAUGGGAGAGUCAAGAGCCGAGGAUGACAACAUUCCCGAUGACUUCAAGGUAGGAAGAUAAGCAUGGGAUGUUCAAAAGCUGUGGACUGACAGGUAUUCCAGUUCGGCGGCUCCGUCGCAGAGGCAACACUCCCCAUUAGGAUGCAAUUCAUCCGCAAAGUCUACGCGAUCCUAACAGUCCAACUCCUCCUGACCACCGCCCUCUCCGCCGUCUCCUUCUUCAACGCACCCUUCCGCAACUGGAUCCAGAGCAACGCAUGGAUGAUGUGGGUAUCGCUAUUUGGGGCCAUUGGAUUCAUGCUUCUCACUUUCUGGAAACGCAAGAGCUAUCCUAUGAACUUGGUCUUCUUGGGAGUGUUCACUUUGAUGGAAGCAUACUCGAUCGCGGUCGUAACAUCCUUCUACGAAAGUCGGAUCGUCAUGCAGGCACUCGUCUUCACGCUUGGGAUCUUCGUCUUCUUGAGCCUGUUUGCUUGCCAAACGAAGUACGACUUCACGAGCUGGAUGCCCUACCUAUUCGGUGCUCUUUGGGUACUGAUUCUGUUCGGAUUCAUGGCUGCUUUCUUUCCUCAGACGAAGGGCGUUGAGCUUGGAUAUGGAAUCGUGGCUGCGCUCAUCUUCAGCGGGUACAUUCUGGUGGAUACACAGCUGAUCAUCCGACACUACCAUGUCGAAGAGGAAAUUGCUGCGGCGAUUUCGCUCUACCUCGAUAUCCUGAACCUCUUCCUUGCGAUCCUGCGGAUUCUGAACAGCCAGAACAACAACUAG